AUGGAGAACGUGGUGCGGCACGCGCACGUGCACGGCGUGGAGGAGGUGUUGAGGGCGCUGGACGUGGACGCGACGAAGGGGUUAACGAGAAGCCAGCUAGCCAGAAGGAAGGAAAAGUACGGCCUCAACGAGUUAGAAGUAGAAACGAAGAAAGGAAUCCUUGAAUUGAUUUUGAACCAGUUUGACGACCUCCUAGUGAAGAUCCUUCUUCUGGCAGCAUUCAUAAGUUUUGCACUAACCUUGCUCGAUAUGCAGAGCCAUGAAGUGUCCCUAUGUGAUUUUAUUGAACCCCUCGUGAUCGUAAUGAUUCUAAUUUUAAAUGCUGCAGUGGGAGUAUGGCAGGAGUGCAAUGCAGAGAAGUCCUUGGAUGCCCUGAAGCAGUUGCAGCCGACCAAAGCGAAAGUGUUGCGAGACGGAAAGUGGGAAAUCAUAGAUAGUAAGUACCUGACUAUAGGUGACAUCAUCGAGCUAAGUGUAGGAAAUAAAACCCCAGCCGAUGCCAGGAUCAUCCAGAUUUUUUCCACCAGUAUUAAGGUAGAGCAGAGUAUGCUAACAGGGGAAUCAUGUUCUGUUGAUAAGUAUUCAGAGAAAUUAGAUCCCAGUUAUAAGAACUGCGAAAUUCAGUUGAAGAAAAACAUCUUAUUUUCGUCCACUGCCAUUGUGGCUGGAAGAUGCAUCGCUGUUGUGACAAACAUUGGCAUGAACACAGAAAUCGGACAGAUACAACACGCUGUCAUGGAAUCCACCAAUGAAGAUACAGACACUCCAUUGCAAAUUAAAAUCGAUUCCUUUGGAAGACAACUAUCCAAAAUAAUCUUCGUCAUAUGUGUCACUGUGUGGGUCAUAAAUUUUAAACAUUUUUCAGACCCAAUCCAUGGGUCCUUUCUCUACGGAUGUUUGUACUAUUUCAAAAUCAGUGUGGCGCUGGCCGUGGCUGCUAUCCCGGAGGGUCUCCCUGCUGUUAUUACCACUUGCCUAGCUUUAGGUACAAGAAGGAUGGUGAAGAAGAAUGCCAUUGUGCGAAAACUACAGAGUGUUGAAACGCUUGGGUGCACCACUGUUAUCUGUUCGGAUAAAACAGGAACAUUGACGACUAACCAGAUGACAGCAACGGUGUUCCAUUUGUUUAGAGAGCCAACCCUUUUGAAAGAGUACCAGCUCUGCCAAAAAGGAGAGACCUUCUUCUUUUACGAGUCAUGCGUAGAGGAAGACGGGCACGACAAUGACUCCUUCUUCAACAACCUGAAGAGGGAAGGGCGAAUAUCCAGUCAGACGCCGGGACAGGCGGGCUACGACCAGUCUGGCACCGUCACUUCCAGGGGUACUACAGUACACUCCAGCACGAACCUCUCCUACGAUGGAAAAAACAACUAUGGAGGACAAAGCGACAGAUACAACUAUGAGGAGUAUCCAUCGGACGUCGAAACGGACAAGUCACUAAAGGAGAUGCACACAAACGUUAACACCAUCAUUAGCAGGGGCAGCAAAAUCCUGGAAGACAAAAUUAAAAAAUACGCCUACUCCGAAUAUGACUACAACUUUUACAUGUGCAUGGUGAACUGCAACGAAGCCAACAUCUUCUGUAAUGACAGGAACGAAAUCGUGAAGGUGUUUGGAGACAGCACCGAGCUGGCUCUCCUCCAUUUUGUGCACAACUUCGACAUCUGGCCCAGCUCAGUGAAAAAUAAUGGCAUGGCGGCCGAGUACGAAAGGGAUUCUGGCAAAGGGAGAAGUCAGAACAGGGAAGAAGAAGGAAGACAAAUGAGAAGCAACUCUUCCUACCACCGCGGAAGCUACGAUCGCGGCAGCUACGUGGGCGGAUCGAACGGAGAAGCUUACACCGCGGACGAGAGUAGAACCUACCCAAGUGAUUGCAUAUCCGCGUGGAGAAGUGAAUGUCAACUAAUCAAAAUAAUCGAAUUCACCAGAGAAAGGAAACUAAUGAGUGUAAUCGUCGAAAAUAAGAAGAAAGAUCCCAUUCUUUACUGCAAAGGAGCACCAGAAAAUAUAAUAAAAAAUUGUAACUACUACCUCAUUAAGAAUGAAAUAAAGCCACUCACAGAAGAACUGAGAAGUCUUAUCUGUAGUCGAGUCAAAGGCAUGGGAAAGAGAGCCUUACGCACGUUAAGCUUCGCCUACAGAAAGAUGAAGAGGACCGAUUUAAAUGUUACCAACGCAGAAAGCUACUUCAAACUGGAGAAAGACAUGAUUUACCUCGGAGGAUUGGGUAUAAUUGAUCCCCCAAGGAAAUAUGUUGGAAGAGCCAUUAACCUGUGCCAUUUGGCCGGAAUUAGGGUCUUUAUGAUUACAGGCGAUAACAUGGAUACAGCCAAAGCCAUCGCCAAGGAGAUUAACAUUCUUCGUAACGAGGACACGGAUGACGACAUGGAUGAACACACCAAGUGGAAAAAGGGAGGCAACAUCGGAAGCAAGAAAUUAAAGUGCUGCUAUAGUGGAAGAGAGUUUGAAGAUCUCCCACUACAUAUACAGCAGGAAAUCUUAAAAAAUAAGCAGCGUAUCGUUUUCUGUAGAACGGAGCCAAAGCAUAAGAAGCAGAUUGUCAAAAUAUUAAAGGAUCUUGGAGAAACAGUCGCCAUGACGGGGGAUGGGGUCAACGACGCUCCUGCGUUGAAGUCUGCAGAUAUAGGUAUCUCCAUGGGAAUAAACGGGACGGAGGUAGCGAAAGAAGCAUCCGAUAUUGUCCUGGCUGACGAUAAUUUUAACACUAUUGUGGAGGCUAUCAAGGAGGGAAGAUGCAUCUACAACAAUAUGAAGGCCUUUAUCCGCUAUCUCAUCAGCAGCAACAUUGGGGAAGUGGCUUCCAUUUUCAUCACCGCCCUGCUGGGCAUCCCUGACAGCCUCGCACCAGUGCAGCUCCUCUGGGUCAACUUGGUCACCGACGGGUUGCCCGCCACGGCUCUGGGCUUCAACCCGCCCGAACACGACGUCAUGAAGUGCAAGCCCAGACACAAAAACGACAAUUUGAUAAACGGCCUGACUCUCCUCAGGUACAUCGUCAUAGGAACCUACGUGGGAGUCGCUACAGUCUCCAUCUUCGUCUACUGGUACCUCUUUUACCCGGACUCGGACGGCCAUACACUAGUCAACUUUUACCAGCUGUCUCACUACAACCAGUGCAAGGCCUGGGGCGACUUCCGCGUCAGGAGGGUCUACGGCAUGUCGGAGGACCCCUGUUCGUACUUCUCCACGGGGAAGGUCAAGGCAAGCACCCUCUCCCUCUCAGUCCUCGUCGUCAUCGAGAUGUUUAACGCCCUCAACGCGCUCAGCGAGUACAACUCUCUGUUUCGGAUCCCCCCCUGGAGAAACAUGUACCUAGUGCUGGCUACUAUCGGGUCUCUGCUCCUCCACUUCAUGAUUUUGUACAUUCCCCCCCUUGCUAAAAUUUUCGGCGUCGUCGCGCUGACGCCAUACGAUUGGUUCCUCGUCUUCAUCUGGUCCUUCCCCGUCAUUAUCAUUGACGAAGUUAUUAAGUUCUACGCUAAGAGGCAGCUGAACAGGGGGAUGCUGUCGAAGCAGAAGCUCGAGUGA